UAGUCCUGGCGGCAGUCAUGGCGGCUAUGUCGGGUUCAGUUCGCCUGCAGCGCUGCAUGGUGUCGCCGGCUGGGAGGCACAGCGCCUCUCUGAUCUUCCUGCACGGCUCAGGUGAUUCUGGACAAGGAUUGAGAACGUGGAUCAAGCAAGUUUUAAAUCAAGAUUUAACGUUCCAACACAUAAAAGUUAUUUAUCCAACAGCUCCUCCCAGGCCAUAUACUCCUUUGAAAGGAGGAUUCUCCAAUGUAUGGUUUGACAGAUUUAAAAUAUCUAAUGACUGCCCAGAACACCUUGAAUCAAUUGAUGUAAUGUGUCAGGUGCUUACAGAUUUGAUUGAUGGUGAAGUAAAAAGUGGUAUCAAGAAGAACAGGAUAUUAGUAGGAGGAUUUUCUAUGGGAGGGUGCAUGGCAAUGCAUUUAGCAUACAGAAAUCAUCAAGAUGUGGCAGGAGUAUUUGCUCUUUCUAGUUUUCUGAAUAAAACAUCUGCUGUUUACCAGGCUCUUCAGAAAAGUGAUGGUGUCCUUCCUGAAUUAUUUCAGUGUCAUGGUACCGCAGAUGAGUUAGUUCUUCAUUCUUGGGGUGAAGAGACAAACUCAGUGUUAAAAUCUCUAGGAGUGAGCACAAAGUUUCAUAGUUUCCCAGGUGUUUACCAUGAGUUAAGCAAAGCUGAGCUAGAAAAACUGAAGUCAUGGAUUCUUACAAAGCUACCAGACUGCAGGAGGACCUCUAUUCCAAUGCUGAAUAAAAGUAACAAGAGUGGACAACCUUGUUUCCAUUCCCAACAUCGGGAAAUCUUUCAACAAAUCACAACUAAAUAUAAUAUGAGGAAACAGGCUCCUGGAGAAUAAGCUUCAACAAGUCAUUUGCCUGAGAUCACCCAGCCAGCUAAUAAAUUGUAAAGAAGAGAUUUGAAGCUAGACGGAUGUGACUCCAAACUCAUGUUCUUUCAACCAUUCGGAGGCUCUGAAAUCUAAGCUCCAUCAGAAUCAUCUGGGGUCCCCAUAUAUAUUUCUGAAUCCCAUUCUGGAUUAUUUAAAAAAGAAUUUUUUGUGCUGGGGCCCAGGAAUCUAUUUUAACAGGGGUUCCAUGUGAUUUUUGAUAUGUGGCUAGGGUAGGAAUAACUAAAACACAACACACUAGUUUUCCAACUCAUAAUAAAGUAACUGGUCCAAAACGCUUAAUAAAUAUUCAUUUGACAAAUAUUUAUUAAGCAUCUACUGUGUCUUUGACAUUGUUAUAGGCAUGGCAGUUGCAAAAAUUCCAGCUCCCAUGAAGCUUCCAUUCUAGUGUGGGUGUAGAGGGAGGUCACAGGAGACGACAGAAACAUGACAAAUAAGCAAAUUACGUGUUAUAUGACGAGAUGGUAAGGGCUAAGGAAAAUAGUAGUGAAGUGUAAGGGGAUCAGUGGGGGGUAGGUCAGGGUUGUUUUCCCCAUCAAGGCGACAUUUAAAGGAGAUGAGGAAUGAGCCAUGCGCAUCUCUGUGAAUAUUAAC